GCGGAAAGCGACAAUAAUAUACCGAAGUAAAACUCGCAGUUAUUGUCACGACGCGUUUGUCGCGAAGCUAACCAAACACUGUCGAUCUACAACAGUCGUGAAUAACGCAGCUCGGCAUUAAUCACAGAGAAAAUGGAAGACAAAGAAGAGAGCAUGAAAAAAGAUGACGGUGGCGAAGAUAUAUUGAGCAGUAUCGAGAGCAGUUCAAAACAAACACGAAUUUUUAAAAUCAUUGUUAUUGGCGAUUCAAAUGUUGGGAAAACGUGUUUGACAUUUCGAUUUUGUGGAGGCAAGUUUCCCGAAAAGACAGAGGCAACGAUAGGUGUAGAUUUUCGCGAGAAGACAGUAGAUGUUAACGGUGAGACAAUAAAACUACAACUUUGGGAUACUGCUGGCCAAGAAAGGUUUCGUAAAAGUAUGGUUCAGCAUUACUACAGAAACGUGCAUGCAGUGGUUUUUGUUUAUGAUAUGACAAAAAUGAACACGUUCGAAGGCAUGCCGACCUGGAUUGAAGAAUGUGAAAGGCACUCACUGUCACCGGACAUACCAAGAAUCUUAGUGGGGAAUAAGUGUGAUAUGAACCAGAAGAUUUCGGUUGCGACGAGUUUGGCACAGAAAUUUGCUGAUGCUAAUCAGAUGCCGCUAUUCGAAACCUCUGCAAAAGACGACAACGAAGUUGAUAAUGUCAGUGCGAUUUUUAUGACAUUAGCGCACAAGUUAAAAAGUCAGAAACCAAUGAUGUCAAAUGAUUAUCCUGUAUUACACAAGUAUGGAUCAAAAGAAAUGAAACGUGCGAAGGUUAUCAGCAUAGGCCGAGAACCGUCUUCACGAUCGGCUGUGUGCAGCAGGUCAACCGCCACCAGUGAUGGCACUAGCUGUUCAUGUUGAGGAGUGGUAUGGUACAAAGUGUCAUUGUGUAAUGAAACGGAUCACUUUUUUUACUAAUUAAUAAGGUUGAUCUACUAAAUUCAUUUACCGAGUCAUUAUCGUCAAUAACCAGGUAGUAUUUUGAGGUGAAUGUCUCCCUAGGUACAGUGAAAUUAUACAGUACCCUCUAGGUAACUGCAUCAUAGCAUCCUUCGGUUAGCACCAUAACCUGGUUGUGUAAUUCAGCAUUGUAUUGUCUCAUGAACUCCCCACAAAGUGUCCUAUAUACCAAAUCUAUACAUAUAUCGGUAUUGUCGACCUGAACAUUUUUUGUAUUCAUUCAAAAAUACUUUGCUAGAGACUUACAAUAUAUAUAGGUGUCACAUACUUGGAUAACUGACAU